CUUAAAAUACGACAUUACAAACUGAAAUACUUAAUUACUGCAUGCAUUGGGUUCAUUAAGUAUGUAAGAUUGCACAAGAACACAUUAAUUUACUAGCACGUUACCAAAUGCUUGGUCAGAGGGUAGAAGCAGAUAAAAAUAGGUCAGACUUUGUUAGCUGGGUAGCCUGCGUAGGAAGCAUUUUCACAUUUGGACAUGACAAAAAUUGAAAAAAGUGGAAAAAGGCGCGGCCAUUGAUCUGUGCACCAAUUCUCAGCUUUAUUCGAACAGGAACGUUUCCUACGAAGGCUUUUAGGUGGAGUAAAUCCUUCACAAGAAGAAGUGGACACAAAAUAUUAUUAAGCCUUCUUCAAAUACUAAAACACACGCUCCCACAGUACACGGCUAAAACCCGAGACGGGCCAUGACACAGAAAGUACAUCCAGUCUCAUCAAGCACAAAGUACAUUGUUAAUCAGUAGUAACCAUGUUCAUCUUUCCACCUUGGUCAUCUUUCCUUAAGCUUGACAAGCUUUUCUUCUUCAUUCUCUUUAAGUCCUUUAUUGUCUCAUUCAGAUGUCUCACAGGCAUAACCUACCAGCUUGAUCUCAGGUUUUCCAGGCAUGCUUAGAAAAGAGGAGGAAAGAGAUUAUAAAAAGAAACAAAAUAUUUGGUGGAUAGUUGAAAGUUUUAAUAUGAACAGAAAUCCCCGCAGGCCCGCAGGAAAGAAUCUUUCAAGAGUCGAGAUUUGCAAGUCAGACAAUCUGUCUUAAUUGAAUUUCCUGGUAUCAAACUGGAUGAUCUGCUGUUAUUCUCGCUGACAAUAAUAAACCAAUCCAGGCGACUUGCAGAACGUUCGAACUCUCGAUUGAAUUCCGCUUCUCCCAAUUCCACCUCAGUUUCAGGAGAAGCGCGAUGCAAAGACUUAUGGGCUGGAAUUUUAGAGAAAACCUUUUCGAAGGCCCUCAGAAAGCGUAAAUUAAAUCAUAUUGUCAGACAGAGCGACAGCAGGGCGUGUGGUCUUAGGUUUUAAAUCUCUCAGAUCCAAGAAGCGAUAGGGAAAAUAUUCUAGCAAUUUAAUUGUGAAAGUGAGUGCUAAAUCCAGAUGCGCACAGCGAUUUCUAAGUCACAGACAUGCUUCUGGGCACGGCAACAUAAGUCGAGAGCUGUAAGUGUUACCCUUGAAAAAGAGCUUGCAUUUCGCGUUUAUACUAUCAUCGCAGAUGAAUAGUGGAUAAGACCUUGAUUUAUUGCCGCUUUUAAAAUAGAACAAGUAAUAAGCAGCGACAUCAACUCCCAAAUCCUUGUAAUGAAACUUUAUCAAAUGUACGCAUAACAGCUAUUUGUUAGGGUUCGAUAUCAAGAUUGGUAAUAGCACUGAAAAGCGCUUACUGUCUAAUCUCUCUUUACCAAUCUGCGCAGUGGUAAUCAUACACUACCAAAUUGUUUACACAACAGCUAAGCGUGUAGCAUAAACAACCCGAAUCGCAAACAAUUACCAAUUAGCCCGCCAAGUAGACAAUCGUGCAAAAGUGCGGCUCCGGCCGCCCAUGUGUCGAGUGAUCUUUGUGGCGUCGGGACAUGAGCUUAUCAGCUCUAAUUACUUUUGGCGUAAUUAGAUAAUUGGACAGCUGACUUGACGGCUUGUUAGUCAUCUCUGCCUGCCUUGCCUGCCAGUGGCCAUGGUCUUAUGUUUCUGUUAACAACUAGCAUUGCUGUCCUAACGAGGCGCCUAAAGCUUCGGCGCGUAAUCAAUCCUUCCCUUCUGACGGAAACGAACGCGCGCGUUUUUAUAAAGCGCACCUCGGGAGUGUUACCUCACUCAUUUUGGCGCCGGCUUCCACGGGAGCAAGACAGGGAUUAUGAAUUUUCAUCCUGCAACGUUUAAUCUCAUGUUGUCUGAAGGCGAAUCCUAUGCGCACGCAGCUGGUGGAAAUGUUCGCUACUCGUGCGCGACAAACGCUGGAGCAGAUGCAAAUUUAUUCCAAUACCCAGUCACUCUUGGUAGCCUAGCAGACUUGAGUUCCGACUCCGAAGUUGAAAUAAUCGAAGCCAUAGAAAUUCCUAUCUUACCCAAGAAGCGAAGAAGCAGGACGAAUUUCGACGCUUGGCAACUCGGCGAGCUUGAGAAGGUCUUCAGGAGAACACAGUAUCCAGACGUAUUCACGAGAGAAGCACUCGCCCUGAAGCUGGACUUACUCGAGUCAAGAGUUCAGGUCUGGUUUCAAAACAGGAGAGCAAAACUGCGAAGAGAAGAGAAAACCAAAGCGAGACCUGGCAGGAGAGAGAAGAGUGAGGUUGAAAAAUCAGCUGUGACGUUGAAAAUUCUCGAAGUGUUCGACAGGGAGUUGACUUCAGGGAACAAUUCAGAGGAAACUGAACCUCUCUCUCCACGGAGUGUGGAGAACAAUGCACAGCCAUCGCUCUCAUCGCACUCUUUCAGCAUCGAGAGCAUCCUGUCACGAAAAGACCCUCCACAUCCACAAACUGAAAAACACACCACUGUUUCCCAAAAUAUCGGCAAAAGCUUUCGAAUCGAACAACUCAUCGACGCGACUAAAGCAAUGCAAGAUAGAGUGACUGACAAGAAGGGUUCUUCUACUGGUCAAGUGAAGCCUGCAUCUGUCACGACUUCUUUAACAAACACUAAUUUAAAUAAAGCAGCCAACGCUAAAGGGAGAGAAAUAGAGAAAAAGAAAGUCCAGGGUGACGCCACAAACAUUUGCGCUGAAAAAGCCACAGUGCUGGCACCAUUUUAUGUUCCUAUGGCAAGACAUUGUGGUUCAUAUCAGAAGUUACCCGAAAGAUACGUCCACGCAGAAAAUGUGUCACCUUACAAUGCUGAAAUGUUUGAAAACUUUCGUAGCUCCAGUAUUUUACGAUUGAGAACGAAAGCAGAGGAACAUCUGAAGCAACUUCGAGUUUCUUAGGUUAGCUGACUUCUCAAGAAAAGAAAAUAGAGUUCCUCAAUGGAAUUCAACGUGUGACAUAAAUGUCAUGAAUAUUUUGUUAUGUUUCUGAAAUGUCCCGCUUUCUUACAAUCCCAGUAUUUAAAUACACUUUGUCAAGUACGCAUGCUAGUUCACAUUUUCAUAUACAACAACCUGAAGUCUUUAUACAGUCCAGUGCAAGUUUUACAAGUAAUCUAGAAUCUCGUUCCUCCUGCAAACUCGUCUUUACAGGAUAUCUAUUUCUUUUAAUUCAGUUUUCGUCAUGAAAAAUUCAUUAUUUAUUCAUUGUUGUUUUAUGCUGCGAUUUUCACUGAAUCGAUCCUGUAGUUUAUUUGAUCCAAUUAUGCCACAUUCUUCUUUUUCUGCUCAACUCGUAUCUAUCUAUACAGAUGGUAUUCUUCUGACAUUUGAUAACUGCAAGUGAUAAAUUAUCGUAUUUCGUGACUUGGUACUUGUCAAUAACUGUCUCGUUAGGGACUGCUAAAUACCGAUAGAUGAUAGUACAUUGUUAAGAUACUAAAUCUCUCCACGUUUUGUAACCAACCCUCUGCUGUAGUCCUAAAGAUUUAGAAUUCUUCUUAAAACGUAAACUGCGGAACCAAAACACAUUUCUUAUAUAUAUAUAAAAAAAAAAAAUUAACCUAGACAUAAUUGUAACGGAUACUUUACCGUCUUUGAGAUAUUUUCAAGAAGCAUUUAAAGAUAAACCAGCUUUGUUAUUUC